AUGUGGAACAACUCAGUUUUUGAGGUGGACAGGAGGGUGAAAGGCAGAAAUUUCUUAAUUCUUGUAGGGAGAUGGACUAACGAUAAUCUGAGGCUGUUCAUUGUCAAUGUAUAUGCUCCAUGUGAUCUUGCUGGGAAGAGAGCUAUGUGGGAAGAGUUGAGGCAGUUAAGAGCUUCUAACCCUGAGGUCUUCUCGUUUUUUCUACUUUGUUUGUUUAUAACUGUGGAUGAAGUUGGUAGUAGCUCUGAGUGGAGCACAGAACAGGAUAAAGCAUUUGAAAAUGCCUUGGCAAUUCAUCCUGAGGAUGCUUCAGACCGAUGGGAGAAGAUUGUGGUUGAUAUACCGGGGAAAACCUUGGAAGAGAUUAAACACCACUAUGAGCUCUUGGUUGAAGAUGUUAACCAGAUUGAAUCUGGUUGUGUGCCUUUACCAUCUUAUAAUUCUUCUCCAGAGGGCUCAACAAGCCAUGCUAGUGAUGAAGGAGCUGGCAAGAAGGGAGGCCACUCUUGGAAUAGUAACAAUGAAUCUAAUCAUGGAACUAAGGCUUCAAGAUCAGAUAAGGAACGGCGAAAGGGUAUUGCAUGGACAGAGGAUGAACACAGGUACAACUUUAGACAAGAUAGCUCCCAAUCCUGA